AUGGCGAGUCAUGGCGUUCGGCGAUUCAAACCAGUGGAGAAGACACCCGAAGAACGACAGCAGGAGCUGCAGAAGAUAGAAGACUAUAGAUCCUUAGAACGGCAAGUGUCAGAGAAGGUGGCCAACCAUGAUUAUGCGACCGACACAUUGAAGAAGAUCUCCGACCUGCUAAACCGAAAUCCAGAAUACUAUACAAUCUGGAACUGCCGUCGGCAGGCUAUGAGACACCAGUUCUCAGAGAUUAAAGAUGAUGCUGAAAAGGCUACGACCCAACCGAUCCUCGACCUCAUCAAGAAUGACUUGAUAUUUCUUAUCCCACUUUUGCGGAGCUUUCCCAAAUGUUACUGGAUUUGGAACUAUCGGCUGUGGCUAUUGGAUGAGGCUCGACGGCUGCUUCCAUUGACCGAAGCCCUUCAACUCUGGCAGGAAGAAUUUGCUUUAGUCGGCAAGAUGUUGACAUUGGACGGUCGCAAUUUUCAUGGAUGGGGAUAUCGCGGCCUAAUCGUGGAAACCCUGAAGCAGCUUCAAAGCGCCGACGACGCCAUGGGAAUGACUAAAAAAGAAUUCGAGUAUGCAAAGAAGAUGAUUGGUGCUAACCUCUCCAAUUUUUCUGCAUGGCAUUACCGCACCAAGCUCAUCCAACGACUACUGGACGAGCAAGCUGCUAGUGAUAACGAGCGACAGGCGAUGUUAGAUGACGAACUAUCUCUCAUCCACCAAGCUUUGAUUGAUCCUUAUGAUCAAUCGGUAUGGUUUUAUCACCAAAACCUGCUGUGCGUUUUUGACCCGGAUACUGCGGACCGGACAAUGGCUCCGAACCUAACCACGUCAGAACGACUUCAAUAUCUCCGUCAAGAGAUUGAAAACAUUCAAGAGAUACUGGACGGGGCUGAAGACUGCAAGUACAUCUACCAAGCCCUGAUUGAGACUACUGUCUUAGUGUCAAAAGUCACUGGUAGCUUGUUGCCAGAGGAUCGUGACCAAAUUCUGAGCUGGCUCUCAGAACUGAAACAAUUGGAUCCUUUACGCCAGCAACGAUGGGUGGAUUUUGAACGGACCUUGUAG